AAAUAAUUAUUCAUUGAUUUUUGAUUUGCUCAAGGAUUGAAUGUGUAAUUGUUAUUAUUAUUUAUCAAUAAAAUCUUAGAUUUUGUACUUUAGCCUACGAAAAAUUAAUGCAAACUAGGUCUUAUUGACUGUCACCUCUUUUGUUUUCUUUUUCUUUUUACAAAAAAAAAACUUUUAUUUUGCUUCUUCCCGCCGUUUCCCAUAAGUACGCCAGCGCCAUAUUUUCGCUCUUCCUCUUCGCUAGUUCGCUCCAACGCCUCUAAAUAAGAAAGUUCCAUUUUGCAAUAAAUAAUUUAAUCCAUCAUCAUGAAUAUCGCCGACAUUGAAAAAGUUGCUAAUCGUAAACGGAUUAACGCUGAAGCAGAAAGGUUACGUGAGAAAGUUAACAAGGAGACUGCUAAUAUUAUCAAACUUAAGGUUGCCCAAGAUACAGCAUAUUGGGAUUUAAAAGAAAAACUUUAUCAACUCGAAAAUAACCAUGAGCGCCUGCAGCAGAACAUGGUUGAGGUGCAAAUGCAGCACGAAGCCAUUUCAGGUCAAUACCAAGACGAGCUAAGACUGCGACCUGAAACAUUAAACAAAAUGAGCAGUACUCGUGAGAUCUGCGAUGUUCUAGAAGAAUACAGCGAGCGGCUUAAAGCAAGCGUGUCCCGUUGCAAGAAUGACCAAGCAACGCUGGCUGAAGCAUACAACAAAUCCGGUCAGCUUGUUAGAGAAAUUAAAGACAAGCAAACCCAGUCUGAAGAGAAGAACUUGCAGAUUAUCAAUAAUUUACAAGAGAAAGUAAAACUUCUCGCUGACCACAAGGAGCAAAUGUCCCAAGUAUUUAAUUCAUCGAAACAGCAACUAGAUUCAGAGUUAAGUGACGCUAGAACUAAACUUGCCACGGCUCUUAGCCAAAAAGACGAGCUGUUCGUAGCUUUGAAUGACUUGAGCAGAAAGCUCGAUCAUACUAAACGUGAACUGGAGAAGAAAGAUGAUAGUAUCGCUAGCCUGCAAUCAGAUAUGAAAAAAUGCAUACUUGAAUGCAACAAUCACAUCACGGAAAUGAAGAAUGCUUACUCUCAACAAGAAAAAGUUCUGAAAGAAUGUACGGCAGCCAACGAAUCUCUAAAGAAAGCGCUUCAGAAUCAGGAACAAUUCACUCAGUCGAUUUGUGAUCAGAAUAAUAAGCUACAAGAAAAAAUUUCGUCUUUAGAAGAGGAACAAAUUUCCAGCUCUGAAAAAAAUAAAGAUUUGGAAAUGAAGCUAGAGGAAUCCAACUUGGAGUGUGGUAAAUUGGUGAAAAAUAUUGAAGCUCUUAAUGUGAAGACAGAAGUAUUAAAAAUGGAAAUAGACGAGAAAAAAAUGCUUUUAGAACAAUCUUUGAUCGAACUACAAAACUUAAAAGAUCAGGUUUUGACCUUGGAAGAGCAGAAAUCUGAGAUUGAUGUUGAACUCAACAAUGCUACCCAAGAAUUGGAAUUAAGAUCCGUUAAAAUUAAGGAGUUAACUUCAACCGUCCAGGAGUUACAAGCAAAGAUAUCUGACAUGGAAACUACCCUGGAGAACAACAAAGCCGAUAACGUAAACAAAAUCGAAGAGAUUAGUAUCAUACUGGAAACUAAAGUAAAACUUAUUGAGGAAAAAGACAAAGAGCUGGAUUGUAAAGCAUCUACCAUCAACCAGCUCAUGUCUGAUCUUAAGAAUGGUACCAAUGCCAGAACUAAAUUAGAAAACAAUAUCCAGAAAUUAAAGAAGGAUAUGGAAACUGAUAAGAUUAUUGCAAAAGAGAAGGAAAAUACUUUGACGAAGAAAAUAGAACAAAUGGAGAAUGCUGCUAAAGAAAAAGAAGUCGAACUAUCAAAACAAAUGUCCAUAAUUUUGGAGACCCGUAAGGAAAAGGAUCGACUGCAAGAAAGGUUGAAAAGCAUGCAGAACACAAUAGAUAAUAUCGAAAAAGAAGUAACAGGGCGCUUUGCCUCACAGUCGACGCAGCAGCCAGCUGAAUUAGAUGAUAAUGCAGGAAUGAUAAAGCCAGCACCACCAAUUAAGAAAGUUGGCAUCCCUGCUCAUAAGAAAAUCCUGAAGUCAUCUGGGCACAUCGCGCCGAAAGAACAACCCAAAAAACCCGACAGCUUACUCUAUAAUUUUUCUAGCGACAGCGAUGUGGAAAACGAACUAAUGGCGGACCCAGCGCAAAUAAAUCGUCAUUUUGAUGCAUUAACACGUGGUGAGAGGGUCUCACCCUUGAUCUUUAAACGACGCGCUCCUGCCUCGGGAGCUUUUGAUGAAACAAUAUCUCUGUCUCAAUUGAAAGAAGCAAAGAACAAACGCUCCAUAUUCAAAAACAAGCGGCCGGACAACAAAGCCAAGAAAUGGAAGCCUGACGAAUAAAUAAUUUCAUACAUUUCUUUAGUUAAGCUCAACAAUCAAUCUAGCUUGUCGA